UUCUUUAUUGUUCUCUGCGCGAUGAGCAGACGACACAUCAGGAAGCCUACGAUUCCGCAGAUGCCUCACAUUAGUCGCUUCAUAAUAUCAUGCUGUGGGGUUACAUCAGGUAUAUUCGUCCUCGGAAACAGCUGAUUGUGAACAUAGUGAUGACUGAAAGUGAAUUAAACUGAUAGUGGAUGCUGACGGUGAUUUCUUCCACCUUUCACAGAAAUGUAUCCCGUUUUAGCAGAGAAUAUGUCUAUUGUCGGUUGUCUUGUGAUUGAAAGAAUAGGAUGGGAGAAAAAUUAUCAUCCCCUACCUUGAGAUUAAAAGAGAGAAAUAUCCAACCCUCGGGGUGAUUAUUUAUUUGGUUGUCUAACCCUCGGAUAUAUCAAAUAAAUUACUUCUCGGAUUGGAGAUUUCUCUUUUUCACUGUCAAGGAAGGGGAAGAUUCCAUUAAUCUAAAAGUGGACCUUUCCGGUUAUGUCUGAUUUCGGACGUGGAACUCGACAAAGUUAUUAUACUCUUAAACACAAGAUUCGUCUUGAUUGUACAGAACUGUUCAAAUGGGCUAUUUCUCUAUAUCGGAAGCAAACACGUGUUUAAAGGAGCUUCUGAGGCCAAUGCCUCCUUGUGGACCAUGUCUACAUAACAAAUUCAACUAACCGGAAGUAGGUCAAGUUUAAUUGGUGAAAUAAUUUACUCACAAAAGCCUCGAUGUGUCAGAGAUUACCUCUAUAUUGAAACUGUCUAUUUCAUAUCAACAUAACAGCGGCUUACAAAUACUGACAUUCAGACCGCCCUCUCUUGUAAACAUUUACCUGAAAUACGAUAGCCAGCCAUUUCAGGACAACUGAGCCGUGAGUAAGCUAAACAUGGCUGUAGACCCGGGGAUCUAGCCCUGCUGAAGCAGAAAUCACGGGACGGGAUUCGUAUCAGAGCAAGUGUUUGGAAACAAGGAACUUAUCAAGUUUUGUCAUCAGAUGUUGGUAGUGGGCCACUUACAAUUAUUCGUUUUCCCUUGGGUUAUUGAUAUACUGAAUUACUGGCAGUAGAAACCACACCAGUUACUCGACCAUAUAUAUUAAACCGGAUCAUCAGAGGUCGUAAAUAUAUAUUACUCCUCAAACAAUUACGUUCAUGACGUCACACCUGACCUUAUUACCGCCGAUGGAUACUUUCGAUUAGCCCGCGGAUGGGAGUUGGAAGCAUAUUGCAACCGGCCAGGGUCGACCUCAGGCAGAACACCUGUGAGUGUUAGCUAGUUAUACAACACAAAGGGGCAUCCUCAAUCAAGAUUCAAUUAUUCAUCGCAUCGGCACGCCCGAGUGCCUUCACUGCUAUAGACCCCUGUCAUUCUUGCUGAUCAGCAGACGUAUUAUUGUGUCGUCGGAGAGAGAUAACCGAUUCGUCUGGACUCAUCAAGGUUACAUCACCACAGUUUUACGACGGGGUCAUUAACGUCAAGAUCCAUCAAACGCUUGAUUGGUGACGCUUGAUAUUUAUUUGGAAAUAAUCGCCUUUGUGACGUCGAUGAUCAAGCAUGCCUUUGUUUUAUUAUCAUGUUGCAGACAUUUAUUUAAAGGCGGGCGAUAAAUUCGACAUACCAGUGUUGUCAUACAAACUUUUUGCUUAAGAACCAUACAUGCACUGGUAUUUGCUAGUAUGAUAUGAUCAUAUAACUGGUGUGAUCCAAACAGACAAUAUGGACAGUAUGGUUCUCCUACCCUUCAUGAUGCCACUUCCGGUUGCGCUGACAUUGGUAUGUACUUCCGUUUUGGCUGUCAUGCUCUAUGUACGUUCGUUUUUCACCUCCACUGAUACUCUACCGAAGAUGUACUACAAGGAGUCAACUCUCAAUACCCAUCUCCUUAACAAGUCAUCGAUCAUGAGACGGCCCUUUCGGCCAAGCUUCUGGCUCAAGAACCGUCACGUGCAGACAUUCCUCGGCUGUGUCCGACCUCAGUCUAUUGUCCAUUUCGAACGUGAGUAUCUCCAACUUUCAGACAAAGGGGUGGUUGCACUGGAUUGGGUAAUCGGCGCAAAUUACGUCAUCAGACGCAAUAGUCCCAUAUGUAUUGUUUUUCCUUCACUGACUGGUGACGCUAAUUCCGUCUCAGACUUGUGCGCAUGCACCGCUCGUAAAGGCUUCAGAACUGUGGUUUUUAACAGCCGUGGACACGGAAAUAGCUUCUUGACAACAAAAAAGUUGCAGAGUUUCGGGGAUCCUCUUGACGUUAGACAAUCUGUGUUAUAUAUACAUCAAAAGCAUCAACGUUCCCACAUUGUCGCUGUGGCCAUGGGAUCCGGAUCCACAGUCCUGUUUUCGUAUUUAGGGGAGUACGGCUCUUCGACAAGACUCAAGGCAACUGCCUUUAUAUCACCAGUGUACGAUACAACGCAAACGCUAAUUCGUGGAAUGUCAAAGUUUUAUGAAUUUUCAUUGUUAUCAAAAUUAAAAUUCAUAUUAUUUAAACAUGCGCAUGCUCUAUCAGAAGUAGUGGACAUGGCAAAAGCAAUGUUGUGUGGGAGUAUGUUGACAUUUCAGGAGCAGGUGUAUUGCCGUAGCAACGAGUCACUCGACCAAUUUCUGGAACGGAAUGACCCGAUGCGGGACGUUGACGACAUAUCCGUUCCUGUCCUGUGUGUGAACAGUACUGACGACCCUAUUUGUAAACAUAACCAUACGCCAUUCGAUAUCUUUCAAUUUUAUCCAAAUAUGUUGCUAGUGGCAACAGACCAUGGCGGCCAUUGUGGUUUUCUGGAAAGUGUUCAUAGACCUUCGUGGACCGAUAAACUGGUUGUGGAUUAUCUAGCUUCCGUGUUAGAGUUUACAUCUAAGGGUUAUGAGCAUUCGGGCUGAUAACACUGUGACUAUUAAUCAGCUUAUGUUCAUAUAAAAAAUAUGUAUUAAAUUUGCUUUCAUUAUUAUAAUUUGCCAGUGACAUUCCAGCAUCUGUAACGUCAGUAUAUCGGAAGGAUACGCCGACAGACAUACAACAGUUGUGAGCAUUUCUUGUAAUUUAAGUGAAGCUACAACAGAAUAAAUACACUUUAUUUCAAUUAUAAAACGUGUUAUAAGUUUGAAAUCAAAUGAUACAUUUUUUCAACCGUGAAAUACUCACAUGAGUGCGUUUUAAUUUAGAACGUCUGAAUUAAAUAUUAAACAAAAUGGA